UUCUAAUUCUAUCAUGUACUAGCAAUUCCUCUCCCCAAUCCCACCCAUUUUUGUUUUUCUUUAUCGGGAUGGUUCUGAUUCAUACUACCUGUUCUCCAUUUGGUUUUAGCAUAAACGAGGUUUCCACACCAACUGUGGUCUCGAGGAUAUCCUUCAACAGUGUUUGUUCCAAAGUGGCAGCUCGUUUGAAUUUACCGUUAUGCCACCCAAAUCUCGUUCUCUCUCUGAGUUCCCCAUUUUUUAGUCUUCUACGAUUUAUCCCCAAAACCCAAUACCCAUCUCUCAGAAACCCCAAUUUCGUUCUCUCCUCUCCUUCUGGGUCUUUGAUCAAGGCAUCAAUGUCGUCUUCAACUCCAUUAACUGACUCAGCCACGGAAAUCAAACCCUUCUCUGUUCUCUUUGUGUGCCUAGGCAAUAUCUGUAGGAGCCCAGCUGCGGAGGGUGUCUUUAGAGGCAUUGUAAAGAAGAGAGACCUUGAUUCUAAGUUCAACAUUGAUUCUGCCGGCACCAUUAAUUAUCACGAGGGUAAUCCGGCAGACCCAAGAAUGAGGGCGGCCUCCAAGAAGCGUGGGAUGGAGAUAACGUCAAUUUCAAGGCCAAUACGUCCAUCUGAUUUCAGAGAUUUCGAUAUCAUUUUGGCAAUGGACAAGCAAAACAGAGAGGAUAUAAUGGAGGCCUUCAAUAGGUGGAAAGAAAGGGACGGAUUACCUGCUGAUGCAUAUAAGAAGGUCAAGUUAAUGUGCUCAUACUGUAAGAAACAUGAUGAAAGUGAAGUACCGGAUCCAUAUUAUGGAGGUCCACAAGGUUUUGAGAAGGUUCUAGAUUUACUCGAAGAUGCUUGUGAAUCAUUGUUGGACAGCAUCUUGGCAGAGAACGAUCGCAUUCUACAGUCUUAACUCUGGUGUAAAGCCUUCACAAUCGACUCUAUGGACCAACAUUCUGUGACUCUGUGUACAUGUUAUAAACUUCCAUGCAAUAAGGUAUCUUACCAAGGAACUAAGCAUCCAUGAAGGAAAUCAUGGUAAAUCUCAUGCCUAAAUAUGAACUUCUUGCCAUGCCUAAAUGCCAGUGGCUACACAAUAAGCAAGAGGAAAGGUAUUGAAAUUGAAAGCCACUGGUGUGUGUAGUUUGCUCAAUCACGGAAUCACCUGCUCGGCCGCUCUCACGAGGUCCUUUGUUUUUUACUCAUGGUUUAUGAUUUUGCAAUGUCAGAUCAACAUUCACAAUACCUCUUUUCAAAUUAUGUUUUGUUCAUGGG